ACAUAAAUUUACCUGUGUCGUGUUCAAUUUAAAUUUUUUUUUAAAUAUUCACCCUGGCAAGGAAAUAAUGUUUCGAGUUAUCUAAGAGUGCGAAUUAAUGUCGAUCAGUUAAUCCACUGCAUUGGCCGUAACCACCAAACUAUACAAUACAUGUAGGAUUACUGCUGUAACGGAACUAACUGCUAUACUACGAAAAUAAUCGAUACAUUCGCAUCGAAGCAAGCGUCGCUGCGCACUUCAAGUAUUUAAAUUGGAGCGGAAAUUUUCUGUAGUCAAACUCUAUUAAAAUAACUAGAAAGAACUGAAAACUAUGGAGCAUAAAAUGUUUCAAGAUCCGACACUGGAGCGCCACUUCACCGGACAUAGCGGUGCCAUAACACAGUUGCGCUUCAGCCCCGAUGGCCAACAAAUCGCAAGUAGUUCCAUGGAUACCACAGUUAUUUUGUGGAACCUCAAGCAGGCAGCGCGUUGCAUCCGAUUUGCCUCGCACUCUGAGCCCGUUUAUGGAGUGAGCUGGUCGCCCAAGGGCACUUUCAUGGCCUCCUGUAGCCAUGAUCGCACCGUCAAAGUCUGGGAGCCCAAGGUACGCGGUGGCUCGGCCGAGUUUCUCGCUCACGGCAAGCCGGUGCGCAGUGUGGACUUUGAUCCCACUGGGCAGCUCCUGUUGACUGCCUCCGAUGACAAGUCGGCCAAACUGUGGCGCGUAUCACGACGUCAGUUCAUCUCGUCGUUUACCCAGCAGACCAAUUGGGUGCGUGCUGCCAAGUUCAGUCCCAAUGGCAAACUCAUGGCCACCGUCAGUGAUGACAAAUCUCUACGCAUCUAUGACCUGAACAGUGGGGAAUGUGUGCGCACCUUUACCGAGGAGCGUGCUUCACCCCGUCAGCUAGCUUGGCAUCCUUGGGGCAAUAUGGUAGCCGUUGGCCUCGGCUGCAAUCGCAUCAAGGUCUUCGAUGUGGUCCAUAACCAGCUGUUGCAACUAUAUGUCGUACACUCGGCACCUGUCAAUGAUCUGGCUUUCCAUCCAAGUGGCAACUUCCUCUUGUCGGGCAGCGAUGACAAAACUAUUCGCAUAUUGGAUCUACUGGAGGGCAGGCCCAUCUAUACGCUGACUGGGCACACAGAUGCAGUGAAUGCUGUCGCAUUUGAUCAUGACGGCAAUAAGUUUGCCACUGCAGGCAGCGAUCGCCAGCUCUUCAUUUGGCAAUCCAAUUUGCAUACCUAUGAUGCUUCACAGUUCGAUGAGAAGUCCAUGGCAACAUCGGCCAACGACACCAGCUGCGCCUCUAAAACUAGCUUGGACGAUGCCUCAAAGGCCAGCAAUGAUUUGAGCAUUCGCAUUGAUCCGCGCGAAUCGGCUGCUUAUCGAGCGCUCGACGAACACUUCAAGGUGGUUGAAAGUGAACACUCGAAACAACUACAACCACCAAUGAGCUACCUCUCCAACGCCACCAGUCCCAAAUUUCGUGAACAUGCGAAAGUUUCGGGUCUGGAGCAAAAGCUAAAUACCAAAUAUAAAAGUGCUCCAUUUUUUAAGUAAUAGAGUUCUAAGCAAAACACACAGCUGCAUCAUCACAUAGCAAAAACAAAAACUAAAACAACCCGAACAGCAAGCUUAUAGCAAAACCUUUCACAGGUACUGGAUGUAUCGCUGGAAUCUGAGUCGGGCUCCGAUUGCUGCAGCUGUGCCGCCCAGCUCGAUGACAUGAACACCCAAAUGAUGCAGCUGGAGCAACGUUUAAGGCGUUUAGAAUGUCUAAUCUUUGACUCAAACUAAAUACUAUUUUAAUGCACAUCAUGCAUUGUGAAUUCAUUUUUAUUAAUUUAAUUAUAUACAAGUUUUAAGUAAACAAUAUAAGACCUCAUGAUCCUUGCCUUGA